UCUGGCAGUGAGUAGGGGGAGGGGAUGGUAGAGGAGGAAGCACAGCAAGUCCUGAGGCUGGUCUUCAGCUUCCAAGUGUUUCCAUAAUAGCCAUCAAUGAAGGCAUCUCCUCUCACCCAAGCAGAGACAGGUAAAAAGACAGCUGAGUAAAUCAGCAUUCGAUGUAACAGCGGAAGCUCAGCUCCAGGGAGGAGCGGGAGGAGGGAGGGCACUUGAAAGCCUGCCAUUGGUGAGCUUACCAAAGGCAUCUGCCAGUGGGACUUCAAUGGAAUGUGAAACCAAAUCAUUUUCAAGUUAAAGAUAGACACAGUUUACACCGGGAUCUAGAAGCUGGAUUUUAAGCUCAUCUCUCUCCCUAGAAUUUCAGGGCGUUCUGUUAUGAUCUCUGCUGUAAUUAACUAUUUGGUGAAAGUUUGUUCAUUAAGUGAAUAUGCUAAGAAUUUGCAUAUGUUCUGAAUGUACUGGAAUUAAGAGGACUUAGGACAGCACGAUGUGCACGCCCCGGGAUUAAUAGGAUUUACCAGUCCCUGGAUGAAGUGCUUGGGAAGUCCUUAAAUGCUGUAUUCAGCUGCCAUUUCAAAGAAGAGAAAAUAGAUGGUUCUGGAAAGUUCAUGCUGUUUCUCCAUUGAAUUUUAGAAUGAUUGAAGAUAGUGGGAAAAGAGGAAAUACCAUGGCCGAAAGAAGACAGCUGUUUGCAGAGAUGAGGGCUCAAGAUCUGGAUCGUAUCCGACUCUCCACCUACAGAACAGCAUGCAAGCUUAGGUUUGUUCAGAAGAAAUGCAAUUUGCACCUGGUGGACAUUUGGAACGUCAUAGAAGCAUUGCGGGAAAAUGCUCUGAACAACCUGGACCCGAACAUAGAACUCAAUGUGGCCCGCUUGGAGGCUGUGCUCUCCACCAUUUUUUACCAGCUCAACAAACGGAUGCCAACCACUCACCAAAUCCACGUGGAACAGUCUAUCAGCCUCCUGCUUAAUUUCCUGCUUGCAGCCUUUGAUCCGGAAGGCCAUGGUAAAAUUUCAGUAUUUGCUGUCAAAAUGGCUUUAGCCACAUUGUGUGGAGGGAAGAUCAUGGACAAAUUGCGAUAUAUUUUUUCAAUGAUUUCUGACUCCAGUGGGGUAAUGGUUUAUGGACGAUAUGACCAGUUCCUCCGCGAAGUUCUCAAACUACCCACAGCAGUUUUUGAAGGUCCUUCCUUUGGUUAUACGGAGCAGUCAGCUAGAUCCUGUUUCUCUCAACAGAAAAAAGUCACGUUAAAUGCUUUUUUGGACACACUUAUGUCUGAUCCUCCUCCCCAGUGCCUGGUCUGGUUGCCCCUUCUGCAUCGACUGGCAAACGUAGAAAAUGUCUUCCAUCCAGUUGAGUGUUCCUACUGCCACAGUGAGAGUAUGAUGGGAUUUCGCUACCGAUGCCAACAGUGUCACAAUUACCAGCUCUGUCAGGACUGCUUCUGGAGGGGACAUGCCAGCGGUUCCCACAGCAACCAGCACCAAAUGAAAGAGUACACGUCAUGGAAAUCACCUGCUAAGAAGCUAACUAAUGCAUUAAGCAAGUCUCUGAGCUGUGCUUCCAGCCGUGAACCUCUGCACCCCAUGUUCCCUGACCAGCCUGAGAAACCUCUCAACCUGGCUCACAUCGUGCCUCCCAGACCUGUAACCAGCAUGAAUGACACCCUGUUCUCCCACUCUGUUCCCUCCUCAGGAAGCCCUUUUAUUACCAGGAGGUUACCUGAGGGGAUAAGUGCACCCAGCCCUGUGGCUGACGAGCAUUCACUCAUAAAGCUGUAUGUCAAUCAGCUUGACCACGGCAAACGCUCUCCUCCCAAGGACAGUGAAGUAGAGCAGAACAAACUGCUGGCUAGGGCUGCUCCAGCUUUUCUGAAGGGCAAAGGGAUACAAUACAGCCUCAAUGUGGCAGACAGGCUAGCAGAUGAACAUGUUCUCAUCGGGUUGUAUGUCAACAUGCUUCGGAACAACCCAUCAUGUAUGCUUGAUAGUUCAAACCGGCUUGAUGAAGAACACAGGCUGAUCGCCAGGUAUGCAGCAAGACUGGCAGCAGAGUCCUCCUCGUCUCAGCCAAGUCAGCAGAGAAAUGCUCCUGACAUCUCCUUCACCAUUGAUGCAAAUAAGCAACAAAGGCAGCUGAUUGCAGAACUAGAAAACAAGAACAGAGAAAUCUUACAGGAGAUCCAAAGGCUGCGGCUAGAGCACGAACAAGCUUCUCAGCCCAGUCCAGAGAAGGCACAACAGAACCCCACUCUGCUGGCCGAACUCCGGCUCCUCAGACAGCGCAAGGAUGAGCUGGAGCAGAGGAUGUCUGCUCUCCAGGAGAGCCGGAGAGAGCUAAUGGUCCAGUUAGAAGGGCUCAUGAAGCUACUAAAGACCCAAGGGGCAGGCUCUCCUCGUUCCUCUCCCAGCCACACCAUCAGCAGACCAAUCCCCAUGCCCAUCCGGUCAGCAUCUGCCUGCUCCACCCCGACGCACGCUCCUCAGGACUCUCUCACUGGGGUCGGGGGAGAUGUACAAGAGGCAUUUGCACAAAGUUCAAGAAGAAAUUUAAGGAACGAUUUGCUGGUGGCAGCAGACUCCAUCACUAACACCAUGUCCUCCCUUGUGAAAGAGCUAAAUUCUGAGGUGGGAAGUGAAACGGAGAGUAAUGUGGAUUCUGAAUUUGCAAGGACUCAGUUUGAGGAUCUGGUUCCAUCGCCAACCUCUGAAAAGGCUUUUCUCGCACAAAUCCAUGCCCGAAAACCUGGGUACAUUCACAGCGGAGCCACCACAAGUACCAUGCGCAGUGACAUUGUUACAGAAGACGGGGAUCCCUAUGUGCGGCCCGAGGACGAGAAUUAUGAAAAUGACUCUGUCCGGCAGCUGGAGAAUGAGCUCAAGAUGGAGGAAUACCUGAAGCAGAAGCUGCAGGAUGAAGCCUACCAGGUCAGCUUGCAAGGUUGAAUGCAAUAUCCUUUUAUCACUCUCCUCUCAAGCAAGCUAUAGUCAGACAGAUGAUGAAAGUAACAUGAGAGCUGGUGAUGCUGGAAAGCGCUGCACCCACACAGAGGAGGAAGACAGCAGCCUGACAGCCACCUCACGGAAAAGAGGAACCACCCCACGCAGCCGCUCCCGACAAGCCCCCACCCUAAAGAUGUGUUCUGCUGACUGUAGUGCAGCUAACAUUUUGUUCUGAGAUUUGUAGCUCAUAGGUGUGUGUUUUGAGAAGGAAAAAAAAAAAAAGACUUUUAUUUAAAGCUAACUUAUCAGCUCCAUCUUCUGUAACCUGGCUCGUUCCUGGUAAAGAACACAGGCUGAACCCCACACUGCUGUUCUACAUGAUGGCAGUAUUAACACCCAUUUUCAAUCUUUGCACAUGAUAUUGAACCUGUUCAGUUUACAAUGACAAUAUUAAUACUGUUUAUAGCUAGACAUUUAAUUUCUGAAUUCUUUUGAGAUUUUAGCAAAACCGUUUAUCAUACACUGUACAUUUUUUUUUUCCCACAGCAGUUGGAAAAAAACAACCACUUGCAAUGAGUCACUUGCCCUGAAGGAUUUGUUCCUCAGUGUAGAGACUCAGAGUCCUGCAGCCAAGAAGGGUCCUUGGCCUCCAUGGCCUGCAUUUGAUGCCAAGUCCCUACGAGCAGUGACUUGAACCAAACACACCAGGAGAAUCCAUUCUUUGGGGCUUCUUUUCCACUUAGGGGUUGUUUUCUUUCAAGAUACCCUAACAAGUCAGCCAUAGAAUUUAGUGUAAAUAUUUUUUUCCAAAUAGAUAUCAUAUUCAAAAAAAGGCAACAUUCAAAUGAUAUAGAAUCUAGUUUUUAAAAUCAGCACAGAUCUUCUUAAAACUGUGAACUAUGUUUUGAAAUACUCGUUACUAAAGCUGUUUUUAAACCACAGGUGCCAUAAGAUCCCCAAACAGACUAAAGUGAUCUAUGCUCUUCCAUGGUCUUGUUUCCUCUCGUUUUAGCUUUAGGGAGCAUGUCUUUAACUGCACCGCUCAGUCCUGAGUUUCCCUAUCAGGUUGUUUGGAGGCCUUCAGCUUUAAAUGUACAGGCUUAAAGUGCGCUUGCGAACGUUUGCUCUCCUUUUAUUUCUGAAUGUUUAUUGCCUUAGCUGGCCACCUGGUGUUCUGCAUGCAGCCUUCUGUGGUCAUGUGAGAGGAGACAGGCACUUCUAAGUUGAGUUGGGAUUUUGCACUUGGUGAAAAGCUGAUGUGCAAAAGAACCGUCAAAGGAAGGAGGAUGAAAGACUCUAUAGAUGGUCCUUUCUGAGAGUCCUCUUAAGGGAGAGGAGCCCCGGUGGCCCAGUGGUUAAGAGCUUGGCUGCUAACCAAAAGGUUAAGGGUUCAAAUCCACCAGCAGCUCCUUGGAAAUCCUAUAGGGCAGUUCUACUCUGUUCUAAAGGGUAGCCGUGAGUCAGAAUCGACUCAGUGGCAAUGGGUUUGGUUUUUUGUUUUGUUUUUUCCUUAAGGGAGACCUAAAGACUUCCCUUGGGGAUUCUGGGGAAAAUGCAAAAAUAAUCUGUUUGUUACAAGAUUUCAUGGAGGAAGAAGAAAACUGCAAUGUUUUUGGUACAUUAUACUUAAAUUAUGAGCUCUGGAAUGCUGUUUUGCCUUUAAAAGAAAGAACAUCAUUUUGGAACAGUGGUUCUCAAAGUGUGUUCCCUGGGCCAGCAGCAUCAGCAUCACCUGGGAAUUUAUUAGAAAUGCCAAUUCAUAGGCCCCACUCCAGGCCUACUGAACUGGAAACUCUGAACGUUGGGCCCAGCAAUCUGUGUUUUAAUAAACCCUUCAGGCGAUUCUGAUGCACACUCAAGUUUGAGAAUCCCUGUUUUAAAAUAAAGUUGUAUAAUAAAAUCUCUGAACAGGCUUUAUUCGGAAUAAGCAAGAAAGGUUCUAAGUCAACUUCAAAACUUUAGUGAUUAGAUUUUGCUUCCAGGGCUGGCAAAGACCUUUUUCUGCCCCCAUAUAUCUACUCCUUAGUUAGCAAGCGCCUGGCUAAGAACCGAUGUUCUGACCAGCAUCUUCGAGCUCUCUGCAGAGGUCAUGUCUCUACAUUUGAUCAGAAAUCAUCACCUUGGUGGCCCUUUGGAACAAAGUCACUUGCCUUGGGGAUUUUGCUCUUGGUCGGCAUUAGUAAGGAGCUCAUCCUGCCCCUUGAUAGACUCAGUCAUACUUCCCUCAAGAGAACCAGCCUGACAAGUGUCCCUGAGCUCAGGCUGACACCAAAGUGGCCCAACUGCACAGUUCUCAGAUUUCUUUGCCCAGAUGUAUUUUAUUGUGGGUUUUGUUGGUGUGUCUUAACGUUCAUCUCUUUUCCACUGCCCAUCCUCUGUGAAACCAUACCUCUCUAGAUGGAGCAGGUGGCCACUGGUGCCUCAUACUCAGUACUUAAAACCACUACAUCCCAACUACCUACGUUGCUGUCAGCUCUAAAUCAUAGCCAGGGAGUUUCUGAAGCUGGAAAUCAGACCCUGCAAUUGGCAUUCUGCCGCUGCCUGGACUGAGCUGACAUACACUGUCAUUUUGUGUUUCUGCAUCCAAAAGUUUGUUUAAGGUGUGAACUGUUUUGCUGAUAACCUUCCCCCCUUAUCAUAGCUUUCAUUGCCAACUCCAUCGCACGGUUGUUGAUACCAUCUUGCAAAGCCAUUGCAAGGACUCUGGAAACUGCUGCCAAUGACCAAUUUCUGACUAACCAGCCACCUUUUCUUUCCCUUAGCUCCACGUCAGCACUGAGACCAGACUCAAGCACCCCUGUCCUGUAACCAAGACAAAAUGGCGUGUGUUGUUUUGGUUUUUUGUGUUUUU